AUGUUUGCUGAUAUUCUUCUAAGAGAUAGCAAAUACGGGGGAACCCGACAGGAGGCCAAACGUGUGCAAAGUAUGUUCCUGCAAGUGCAAGACCCUCCGAGUCAGUCUGGGGCUAUCCCGAUAAACUUGCAGCCGGACGCCGUCGUCGUCGCCAUGAGCGUCAAUAUGAAUAACGUAAAUGCGGUUUUGGACUCGCCACCUUCAGAGCUACCCAAAGUCCUACCGCGUCUUUUUGCCAAACUGCUGGAGCCCAACCAGGAUGCCGUGUUCCUUCAAAACUACACCGGUGCGAUAAAAUCUCGUUUCCGCAGUGAAUACACACCUGGCGAUGGCGUCCCGGGGCUCAGCACUCUCGGGAAAGCAUGUUUGGCCUCUGGGAUCGUAAGGACUAUGCUUACCAUCACCAAACAAAAAGUGAAAUGUCCAAGCAGAGAACAUCAUAUUGCUGGACACCAUGCUUUAGACAGCUUGGUGCAGUUCCUUCAGACUGGAACGCUUCCAGAGAGACGGUCGAUCUUGGAAGAGAUGGUUCGGUACGACGCCGUUAAUAUCUGUCUGGAGAAAUUAGACAACGGCUUAUGUUUUCAUCGACACUUGGCCGUCUCAGCCUUGCGUGCAAUGGCCGGAGAGUCUUUCCUAGGAGAGAAUAUAUCCCCAUCUACAGCGGCAGAUAUUAUUUACGCAAUGUGUCAGUUUACAUUGGAAGGACCAGCGAGCUUCGUACAAGAAAUGGCGUCUCCUGCAACAGGUUGGCAGAGCCAAAUGAUCAUGGGAUCACAAGGGAUGAAGCCUGAGCGGUCUGGUCCUUAUGGAUGUCGUUACUAUGCCAUGGCACAAGAGUCGGCUCUUUGGGCGGCCCAUGGUCUUCUCUGCAGGUCUCCUCCACCAAAUCGUCAAUUUUGUCUUGACAUCCUCAAGAAAAAACCUGAAGUCCUUGACUUGCUGUUCGACUGUGCUGUCAUGGACCGCCCUGCAUGGUACCCAGAGAUGGAAACGGAUACAAUCGCAUGCGAAGUCUUGGCGCUACUAUUCCACUACCCGCUUCAUAUAGUUCCAGGAGUAUCGAUGUCGCCAGCUAUUGACGCCGCCUUCAAGGUACAGGAGUGGAAAACGAUGGGUCAAUCUCUAGCCAUUCUCACUUCCCGUAAAGACUGGGCGGCGAAGAUCAUCGACGUUUGGGAAAAAGUGAAAGAAGAAGACUGGGGAAAGAUUAAAAAUAUGUUUGACCGAGUUCAGAAGGAGUAUUACACUCAAAACCCCCUUGACGAGAAAGCAUUUCAACAGAUAUUCUCAUAUCGAGGUAUAUCUCGCAUUGUGAUACUGAGGCUCAUCGCUACCGUAACGCAUGCAGCUGACAGAUGUGGCGUAACCAAUGUCGAAUUAGAAUCCUUCCUACAUAUCGCGUACGAGGGGUCAUUCAAAAUCAAAGGGAGUGCAGACCAUCUAAACGAAAAAGAUGCCUACACCCUGAUUGAACGCUCGGAAGAAGUUUUUCGCAGCCCGUUGUACACCGUAACUACGAAGCAGGCUGUCGAUGACGUUCCUGAACAUAUUGCAGAUGAGUCUGUGAUGGGUCCCACAGCCUUGACUCGACUCUUGGUUAACUUGGCCCAACGCAAUGUUUUUGACGUCAUCCAAGGGCUGACAAAACCCCCCAAAGACCUUUCUUUCACGACUUCGCUUCAGCAUAUACAGCAAAUCACUCACCCCGAUGUCAUCAGUCGGUUCCUGAAAAUCGCCCUUCAAAGGGUGAAGGAUCGGUGUGAAACUGGCCGUCGUCGCACACGCGAAAACGACCUUGACUAUGCACGGGUGGCAUUCACGAGUGCCGCUGAACUGGCUGCUGCGCUAGUGGCUUUUGAUGACCUCACCAGAGGUAAAUAUUCUGAGGAGGUGCACGGCGCUCGCAGAGAGCUUGUUCUCUCUCUUGGAAAUGCUUCAGAGAUGGCCAUGCGCAAGACACAAUAUCAAAGGGCUCUCAAUUUUGCUCUGGGCGCGUUAACUGCUGCUGGACGUAUACCCGCUGGAGACCUCCCAGUCGAUUCAAGCGUAGUGGCAAAAAAUCAGCGGCGGGUGAAACAAGCUCAAGAGGCUCUGGGAUUACCGUCACUGCCUGCGUCACCACCACAAUGA